AUGCUUGGACUAUACCCUCCAAUUUAAUCAAAAUAAUUAAGUCCUGGCGAAUAUGAUAGCCUGAGAAAUGGAAAAGCAAUGCCCAAGGUAAUGAUUAGAAAAUCAAGAUAAUUAUAUGAAAAUUUCCAAUAAAAAUCCAUUAUUGAUGGAUACUAGUUUAUUCCUGUGUUCAAUUAUCUUGAGAGAAACCUAAAUGAUGAUACAAUUUUUGACAAUUGUCCAUAUGCUAAUGAGCGUAAAACUCAUAAUGAAAAUGAUCCAGCUGCGUUUAAAGAAGUAGCUGAUGAUUAUCUCUCAGUCUUAAGAGAUUCAAUAACUAAAGCAUUUAAUUUGACUUAGGAAGAAUCUCAGAAUCUAGAGAUGCCUCGACUAGGAGAUUAUGGAGAUUUGUUCAGAUGUGAAGAUUUUGAGGGAGAUAAAAGAAGAUUUGAAUUUACUUCCCAGGAGGUUUAUUACCUGAGGACUUUGCAAAGAGAUGGACUGAGAAUUCCCUGUGGUGAAGAAGGCAGAUAAUUAUUCAUGACUAAAUAAUUUAGAAAGCCUAUGACUAAGAUGCUAGAAAGAAUACGAGACAUUAUCUUUAAAAAUUAAACUGAAGACAGUUUAAGAGUGUGGAGUUAUUCUGCUCACGAUGAUACUAUUUCAAAUGGAAUACCAUUCUUGCAGCCCAUAAAUUAUGAGAUAGUAGAUAUACCUUAUGCUUCGUCAUUUGUGUUUGAAGCUUACUUUAACCAAAGCUGCCUAGAUGCUCUUGAAGAUCCUCAAAUGAAAAGAUAAUGCUUUAAAAUUCUAUCAUAUCACAAUAACAACCCAUUAUAAUUCUAAACAUGCUAGCAAUCAAAUAUUUAAAAAGGAUUAGGCAAAGGAUACUUUUGCUAAUUAGAUGAUUUCUUAGAGCAUUUAAGUAAUGUCUCUUUUAAAGGAGAUAUCACUAAGGCUUGCUAAUAGUAAUGGACACCUCCAGAUAAUAAUUUCACAUAAAGACCCUUCUUGAAUUUAUGA